UCGCCGCGUUCCGGCCUGUGCGCGAGGUACCGCAGACAGCACAGAGGCGAGAAAUAGCCCAUAGAGCCCGCCGGCCAUUGCCCGCAGACAGGCAGGUGAGCAGCAACCUGGGCAGGGCACACUCUGACACACCGACACCGGUACCAGAGACAGACAGCCAACAUGCAUUCAGCAGAGCGGCAAGAAAACAUCUUGAAGAUGGGACCAGUUUGGAUUUUUGGAUUAUUUUUAAUCACUCUUUUACCUUCACAGACAGGUUCCGUGGCUGUUAUGUCUGUUGAUAUGGGAAGUGAGUGGAUGAAAGUGGCUAUUGUAAAGCCCGGUGUUCCUAUGGAAAUAGUCUUAAACAAGGAGUCCCGAAGGAAAACCCCUGUCACAAUUGCCUUGAAGGAGAAUGAACGUCUGUUUGGGGACAAUGCACAGGGAAUUGCUGUCAAAAAUCCAAAAGUUACAUUCCGUUACUUCCAAGAUUUACUUGGGAAAAGGGCAGGCAACCCCCAGGUUGAGGCAUUUAAAACCAGGUUCCCUGAAUACAAUCUGGUGGAUGAUGAACGUCGUGGAACAGUUCUCUUCAAGUUAUCUGAUGAUUUAAUGUAUUCACCCGAGGAACUACUAGGAAUGAUGUUAAACUAUUCCAGGUCUCUGUCAGAGGAAUUUGCAGAGCAGCCAGUGAAGGAUUUGGUGAUUACAGUGCCAGUCUUCUUCAACCAGGCAGAGCGUAGGGCUGUCCUUCGUGCCGCUCAGCUUGCUGGACUUAAGGUCCUACAACUUAUCAAUGAUAACACCGCAGUCGCUUUGAAUUAUGGAGUGUUUCGGAGGAAAGACAUCAAUGCCACAGCACAGAGUAUCAUGUUUUAUGACAUGGGGUCUAGGAGUACAGUCUGCACCAUUGUGACUUACCAAACUAUAAAGACAAAAGACUCUGGCACUCAACCACAGCUACAAAUUCGUGGUGUUGGGUUUGAUCGCACACUUGGGGGACUGGAGAUUGACUUGCGUCUCCGGGACCAUUUGGCAAAACUGUUUAAUGAACAGAAGAAGUCCAAGAAGGAUGUGCGCGAGAAUCAGCGUGCAAUGGCCAAGCUUCUCAAGGAAGCUAACCGUGUAAAGACCAUUCUGAGUGCAAACAAUGACCACAUGGCACAGAUUGAAGGCUUAAUGGAUGACAUUGACUUCAAAGCGAAGGUGACACGCCAAGAACUCGAGGAACUGUGUGCGGAUAUCUUUGCAAGAGUUUCUUCACCUGUUCAGCAAGCUCUGAGCAGUGCAGAAAUGAACUUGGAUGAAAUUGAUCAGGUUAUCCUGGUGGGUGGAUCCACACGUGUCCCUAAAGUUCAGGAGCAUCUUCUUAAGGCUGUUGGGAAAGAGGAACUGGGAAAGAACAUCAAUGCAGAUGAAGCAGCCGCAAUGGGGGCAGUGUAUCAGGCAGCUGCUCUCAGUAAAGCCUUCAAAGUAAAACCUUUCAUUGUGCGAGAUGCUGCCGUUUUCCCCAUACAGGUGGAGUUUACAAGAGAGGUUGAAGAAGAGAAUAACAUUAAAACAUUAAAGCACAACAAGCGGAUCCUUUUCCAGAGACUAGCCCCCUAUCCACAGCGUAAAGUCAUCACUUUUAACCGCUAUACCGAUGAUUUCGAUUUUAACAUUAACUAUGGAGAUCUCAGCUUCCUGGGACCAGAAGAUCUUAAGGUUUUUGGAUCCCUGAAUCUCACCACAGUUAAGUUAAAAGGUGUUGGAGAAAGUUUUCAGAAGAGAUUAGACUAUGAGUCCAAAGGCAUCAAAGCUCACUUUAACAUGGAUGAGAGUGGUUUGCUCAGCCUUGAUAGAGUAGAAGCGGUGUUUGAAACAUUUGUGGAGGAAAAGCCAGAGCAAGAGUCCACACUGACAAAACUUGGCAAUACUAUAUCCAGUCUUUUUGGUGGAGGCAGCUCUACACAAGACACUCAAGACAAUGUUACAGACAGCGUACAAGAAGAUGAGGAGGGACCAAAUGGGGCCACGAAGGACGAGGAUCCAGUGUCAAGUGAUCAGACCAGUGAGCAGAAGAAUAGUGAAACAGAGAAAACUACUCCAGAGAGUGAGAAACAAGAAGAGAAGAAAGAAGGAGAUAAAACAGAGUCUCAGAAGGUCAAGGAAGAUGAGGCUGAUAAGGAAUCGGAGGCUGGAAAAGCUGCUGAAGCCGAUUCUAAGAAAACUGUGGUUCCCAAGAAGCAGAAACUGGUGGAUGAAAUUGGAGCAGAUCAGACCCUGAAUGAUGUUCUAGAUUUUCUUGAGGAAGAGAUAAAAACAGCCACCAAGAAGCUCCAAGACUUGACAGAUCGAGACCUACGGAAGCAUGAGCGAGAGAAGGCAGCCAACAGCCUGGAAGCAUUUAUAUUUGAAACCCAGGACAAGCUCCGUCAAGACGAAUUUGUCAAAGUUUCUACAGGGGACGAGAGAGAAGAGAUCUCCAGUAAACUAAGCAAGGCAUCCACUUGGCUUGAGGAUGAAGGAUAUGCAGCCACCACCAAGGAACUGAAGGACAAAUUAACUGAGCUCCGAAAAUCGUGCAAAGCCCUUUUCUUUAAGGUGGAAGAGAGGAGAAAAUGGCCAGACAGACUUUCAGCUCUGGACAGUUUGCUGAAUCAUUCCACCAUCUUCCUAAAGAGCGCUCGUAUGAUCCCAGAAGAUGAUCAGAUUUUUACAGAUGUGGAGUUAAACACAUUGGAAAAGUUGAUCAAAGAUACCUGGGUUUGGAAGAAUGAAACUCUUGCAGAGCAGGCCAAGCUACGACCCACGGAGAAACCAGUCCUGUUAUCAAAGGACAUUGAGAUGAAGUUGGGUGCCCUGGACAGAGAAGUGCAGUACCUGUUAAAUAAAGCAAAGUUCUCAAAGCCUAAACCCAAGAAGAAAAGCAAUACCACAAAAUCUGAGAAUUCUGAAAAAAAUUCCACAGAGGGUGAAGAGAAAGUCAUUCCCCCAACGGAAGAGAACAAAGAAGACAAACCUAAGGAUGCAGAACCUGUGCAUGAACCACCAGCAGAAGAGAAGAGUGAAAUUCCUGAACUAGGAGGGUCAGAAGCAGGUAAUCCAGGACAUGCAGAGGAGUUUUAAAGCUCUGGUCUAGUGUGAGGAUAUUCAACAACUAGUAAAUCGCCAGAGCUCCCAGAAGAGAACCACAAAACUGAAUUAUAACCACCCUUCAUAUGCGUUGGCGAUCAUAUUUAUUAACAUUACUUUUUUUGUAAUGGACCCUGCUUAUUUUAUGCCAACGCGCUCCCGCCCAUUUUUCUUGUCCCCUACCCCUUUUCUUCCACUCCCAAAGAAAAACAAACUGCACCUGAGAUGUACAUUUCUGUCCUGACCGAAAAAGCAAUUAGAUUUUUAUUUUUCCCCCCUUUUCUC